AUGGUUUCUCCUCUAUGGUCCUUAGUUCCUGCCAUAUCUGGUUUUUCACCUCCUUUCCCUCUCUCGCGCUGCGCUUCCGUGCUCCGUCCUGCUUCUGUUGAGUUUGCUUGGGUUCUGGUUCUUCUCCGGUUCGAUCUUUCACCUUCUGAGCUUGGUGUUAUCUGGUUUGGUUCGUUUUCUCCCUGCCGCUAUCUCACUUCUGAUCGAGAGCUCAUUCCGCGAAGGGGAAGGGAAGUUUCAAGCCUCUGCGACCGUAGUCUCUGUGACCUUUCUCUGGCCACUGAAGGCCUUUACGGUGAGGGUGAAGUUUCUAUGAAGGUUCUCAAGAAGUUUGAAGCAGGUCUUGGCAGCGCUUUAGUUUGA